ACACUCGGGGGCUUCCAAAUCGAAUCAAAAUGUUGAGGAGAUCAACUAUUCUAGUGGUGCUCUGCUGUGCCCUAAGCCUCUCCAGGGGGAUUCAGGAGUUGGAUACCAUUCCAUCCAAUAGGAUUGCUGGUCCAGGCGAACCCAUGUACUAUCUGAUGGCAGAUGCCGGCUCAUCGGUGGGUCCCAACGAUGCACUGAAGCGCACAAAUCGCUCGCUUCUCAAAUGGUGGGACGAUCUUUUCCGUCAAAACAAUUGUUGCAACAACAACAACAAUGUGCUGUAUCCACCUCUGGCCCCUGUGGCACCUGUUGUCCAACCGCAAACGAAUUGCAAUGGCAAUGGCCUGCAGUUGCAGGAUCUGGAUCCCUUUAAGCAAAUGAAAUUGUUUAAGAAGAUCCCCGAUCUAUUUGGCAAUCCGAUCGGAAAUUGUGGGGGACUGUGCGGUGGCAAUUGCGGACAGCCGGCGUUGCAGCCGCAGGUAAACUAUUUGGCGCCUCAGCCAACUCCUGGUUAUGGUGGGGAUGAUUAUGCCAAGCCGAAUCCUGAGUAUAAUGGUCCUGGCGACGGCGAUGCGGGCUAUGUGGCUCCAGUGGUGGCUCCUCCGGUUACGUAUGAUGCUCCAGCGCCACCGCCCUCCAGCUAUGAGGCGCCUGCUCCUAGCUAUGUUGAUCCCGCUCCCCCUGCCCCCGUCUACGAUGCUCCUGCACCUCCUGCUCCUAGCUAUGAAGCUCCUACUCCCAGCUACGAACAGCCUGCCCCCGCACCAGAGUCCUAUAGCAAAGUGGAUGACUAUUCCCCGCCUGCCAGCACUUAUCCGGUCGCACAACCACCGCAGAUUGUCUAUCAACCCAUCAUCUAUGUCUCUGCACCACCAGCAUCCAGGACAGACGUUGCCACAAAGGUGCAAGUAGAUGAACAGAGCUACAACAAUCAGCCAGCAGCUCCUGUCUAUGAGGCGCCAGCGGCUCCUGUCUAUGAAGCGCCACUGGCUCCUGUCUAUGAAGCCCCACCAGCCGCAUACGCACCACCGCCGCCGCCACAACCUUCUGCCACGCCCUGCGGUAGUUAUCUGCCCCUUUGGGGCGUUCCUGUCUAUAACUAUGGGGCGCAAGCAGCGGCUCCUCCUGCACCACCUGCAUACGCCCCUGCGCCAGUGGCACCUCCGGCCUAUGCACCUGCCCCUCAAUCACCUGGCUAUGCCACGCCCAGCUGUGAGACGCCCAUACGACUCUCGUUGAUCGAUCAACCGUAUCGCGUGGCACCAGAACUCUUUGAAGAAUACAACUAUCGUCUAGGUUUGGCCGCACAGAAUCGAUUAUAGUCCAUAGAUCUCUAUUUCCUGACAAUCCUGUAAAUAAAAUGCAUCUAACGAUUUGUG